CCUUGACUAUUAGAAACUGUGAGUGCAGGAGUGAGAAGUCAUUUAAAAAUAGCUGUCCCUCCAGGCUAAAUCUAUACUCUUAUUUCAACAUUUUGUUGUUCUCUCUUUCUGCUCCUUUGAUAUCUGAUCCACGAUCAAACGGCUUUUUUUUUUUUUGCUCACCUGAAGUAGUAUGACAUGUACAGUCAUCCGUGCGCGUGCAAGGAGAGCGUGCGCACGGAGGGUGGAGUCGCUGCUCUUGUGAGGAGAUUAUGCGCUUGAACGAUUCGAGGAGUGGUGGAACCCAGCAGCAUCUGGUUCCUUUUUUGUUGUCGUUUUUGCAGCUGUUGGGAUUUAAAAACGGUUGGAAGAGAGUUGUGACUCCAGACACCCAUGGAGCGCACCGCGCUGGCCGCUGCGCGCAUCCACACCGCACCCAGACCUGCGCGUAAAAGCGAGUGGCUCCGGAGCGCGCUGGCCCACCAUCACUGCCCCAACAAAGGCGUAGACAAUGAAAUAGUGGUCCUGGCCACCGGGAUAGACCAGUACCUGCAGGAGGUCUUCCACCACCUGGCCUUUCCCAGACAGGAGGACUCGGUAUCGGCAGAGGACUUCGCUGCUCUCUGCGCGGUGCUGGGACUCCGCGGCACGGAGGACGCAACAAGAACACUCAAAGAUGAAGAGUUCAGGGACGUUUGCGCUGCGCUGCCAGAACAGAUACCCUUCAAGGAGUUUCACUCGCGACUCUGCGGCUUUUUCCGUGCGCGCUCUUCCGCGCACAGUGCGUGGCGCUUGCCGGUCUCUGAGGACACGGAGCUGGUGGAGAGGCAGAUCCGGCUCCGCUGGCCCCGAUACAGACGGAGAAAGUGCGUCAGCUUCGAUCUGACGACGAGGGACCAGAGGGGAGCCGUAAACAGAUCCACGAAGCCUCGAACCCACGAGCAAGUCCACGAAGCAGAAGAGGUUGCAGCUCUCAGGGAGCUGGUGGAGGACCUCCGCUCUGCUCUUCAAGGGAGUGACGCUCGCUGCCUGGCUCUGGAGGUGGCCCUCAGGCGGGAGAGGAGCAGCAGGACGACUUUUCCAUCGGGCUGCAAAGCCGUUGCUCUUGAAUCGUCUGACGCCUCGGAAAAACUGAACCCAGCUCCUGAUGGGGCUCAAAGGGAUGGAGCAAAAGAAGUGGAACGCAGAUGGGACGUCAGGGACCCCAGAGACCCUGUUCUUCGAGAGCUGAAGCUAAUUCGAUCCUCCCGCGAUGGGCAGCUGGAGGAGGCCAUCAAAUUCAACCAGCGUUUGGAGGAGGAGCUUCACUGGGCGUAUCAAGAGGUGCGCAAGCUGCAGAGAAUGGAGUCUUCAUUGAGGAAGGAAAACAUUCAGAUCAGGAGGCGCGCAGAGGAGGCCAGGGAGGCGCUGAGGGUCGGCCUGCAGAGGGUUCGGCUGAUCCAGGAACAGGCCAAAUCUGUGCCGCAGCUGCAGUCCAGGAUCAGCCAGCUGGAGACAGAGCUGCAGCAAUAUAGAGGGCACAACACCUGCGACGCCCCGGUUCACUCUGAAGACUCCUGCAGCCAGACAGUGAAGCAUCCAUCAGUCCUGCCCCCAGAAGCCGAGUGUCUGCAGCGCGCCGUGGAAGGACGAGCUGCGUCUGAUGAAGAGGAGGACGACAGGGGCGUGAAGGAGGUGAAGAGGCAUGCCUGCCGCCUGCUUGGCUGUGGAAAAGGAUGUCAGAACAGCGCUGCUCAUCAAAGUCAUCUUCAGGAGGAAAACAGUGACCAUCCUCAAAAGGACAGCACAAGCUGCUGCAGGCAGAUAGAGCUACUCAAGAAGAAACCUGACGUCAGCUUUGACAAAGAAAAGAGGUCUGACAGGCUGCAGGAGAAAGAGAAAACACGACUGGAGGACAAAUUCAGGGAUUCACUGUCUCUGCUGCUGCAGCUUCACAACAAGAAAGCGUCCUGCAGAGUCCUGGAGAAGCUUGUGACGGACAGCCUGGAGGUGUGCAGCAGAAGUGCAGGACCCUGACAGCUCACGCAGGCAGCCGACGGCCUCUACACCCACCUGACCUGCAGCAACUGGACACAGGAGGGGGCAAAGACAGGAGAACAUAACCUACAUUUAAACCUCCAACCUUCAACUCUGCUUAAAUCUGCUAACUAACACAUUUUUAAGAUUCUGUCCAAUUUCUUUUACUACUCUCUACUUAAUGCACUAUAUAUGGCGUUUGCCAUUUUUUCGGGGUGUCGGAAUCCGCAGUUCAAGUCUGUGCCAAAAUCUCUCUCUCUCUCUCUUUAUAUAUAUAAAAUAUGUAUUUUUUCCUUUAUAUUAUUUGAAAUCUAUUAAUGUGAUGUUAUUUAUUGCACUUCGACUUUAUGAGAACUGGACUGAGUGCGUGCGACGUCACCCAUAAAAAACGUAUACUUCCGGUUCCAACAAAACAAUUUUUUUUAUGUGGACUUCGCCAUGUUGGAACCAGAAAUCCUCAUAUCGGUCUGACUCAGUAUUUUCAUGGCAACCACUCUCUCCGAUCAGGAUGGAGCUUUCUGGAAGGCCAUACACCUACCACUAGAAAGUGAGCGACACGAAAUCUGUCAAACGUGUCGAACAUUUAAGAUUUUCCAUGGAGGAGCUGGUAGACACCGCAUCAUUAUACUGAAGUAUCUGAUUAGCUAGUUAAAAACUUGCAAUAAAGAAAAAAAUAGCAAGAACAU